CGGACUCGGAUCCGCGUAAGUAUAUAUAUCGCUUGUGGUUCCUCCUUCCGCUCUCCGAUCCUGGCAUCUCCUCCUUUCUGCCUCUCCAUUCAAGCCAUGUCCCAUCCCGCUCGUCACAGCGACGAAUCUCGUCGGUGGGAAGACAAUAGGCCCACUCUCCCGCCCAUUCGAGACCUGUUUGGACGCGAAUUGGCUCGUCCCCCACAUCCUGAUCAAGGACUUCAACAAUCCCCAUACUCCCAUCCCACUACACAGUUGCCUCUCACUGACGAACCAACGAUGCACCCUGUGCACUCGAAUGCUCACAUCCCUCCACAAACAAACCGAGGUCCCGCGUAUCAUCCGCACAAUUCUCCGCAGUCAUCAUACAUGGCAAAUCCCUCUUCGCCACAACUACAUUCGCAUAGAGAGUAUUCAGGACAUGCGCCCCCACGCUCAUUCACCUCCCCGUACCCAGCCGCCACGCCGCCAGUCGUUCCGGCAGGUCACAAUCGCUCGUCAUCAACUCCAGAUCCUCGUUAUCCAUCACAAUAUCCCCCCCGUUCAAAUACUCAUCCGGAACCAUGGUCUUCUCCUACCUUCACUCGUCCUACUGGCUACUCUUCUCAAUAUCAGGCGACGGCGAUCCCCCCACAACAGGCUGGCUACCCGUCUGGCCCUAUGUCUGGUCCAUCUUCCUAUGGACCACCAUCGCUCGUGCCCAGUCGUUCCCCCUACGAGAUGCCAUACCCUACGGUGCCAGAACCCGUUCCUUCGUCUUCAGCAAAAUACGAGUGCAAUUAUUGCGGCAAGGGUUUUACUCGUCCAAGCAGCUUAAAGAUCCAUCUACAUAGUCAUACUGGCGAGCGUCCAUACGUGUGUACUGUUGAAGGUUGUGGUCGAACAUUUAGUGUACAGAGCAACAUGCGACGACACGCGCGGACACACGGUCUACCACGAGAGGACUCUGGCGAUGAGGAGGCAAGCGAGGGAUCACCAUCAAUGUCGGGUCGCCGCCCGUCACCAUGAAUCCUCUCUCGGAUCGCUUGCUACCUUCGUCGCCUUACCGCAGUGCGAGCCGGCCACACCGCCUUUCAGCCCAACACCUCUUUACGUUUAUUAAUUUAUGUUUCCCGAUUGAUGACCCUCAUUGCACGAAAGGACCCUGGCCUUGCUCCAUAUGUUGCUUUUGGACCACUUCUGACUCUCCAGUCCAUUCGGGUCUGCCACCUCACUCUCGUCAGGAGUGCAUGACCCCCUAAACUUAUUUAUCACUACUUCACUGCCCACGUCUAUUUAUUCGAGUAUUUAUACCUCAUCCACCAUGAUGCCCCACACAUCUACGACGUUUGUAAUCCGCUUCAGCGUGCAAGUGUACAGUCCAGUACAUUAUUACUAUCAAUGACUCGGUCCACUUAGGCCGUAUGUACUCCCGACCACCAUGUACCCGGACUGUCUUUCGUGCUGCGUACCAUAUCAG